AUGGCGGCGGAGGUGGGGGCUGUGAACUGGAACCCCAAGUUCAAAAGCACGAGGCGGGCGGAGAAAGGCGGUUCCGGAGGGAAGGCGAGUAAAUCCGCUUCUCGAUCUUCCCAGGAAAUUGAGAGGCUGUCGGAGCAGCUAGAGGAGAAGGAGCGGGAGACGCAGCAGCUGCGGAGCCACCCCGCGGUGCGGGGAGGCUGGGCCGCAGGAGGGCCUCUCGCUGGGCUCCGCGAGGCGCUCUGCUGUGUCCUGGGCCGGCGGUCCCUCCCGUGCUCAGCUUCCCGGCGCAGCUGGCCCCUGGGUCUGGGUCCUUCCCCUCUGCUGCCCGUGGCCGACAGCCUGGUGACCGAGUCCUCUCUGCAGCCGGAACAGGCGGGCAGGGAGGCCUCUGUCCGGGCGGCCGUGGAGAAGCUCCAGGAGGAAAACCGGCUGUUGAAGCAGAAGGUGGCUCACGUGGAAGACCUCAACGCCAAGUGGCAGCGCUACGACGCCAGCAGGGAUGAGUAUGUGCGGGGGCUGCGGGCCCAGCUGCGGGGGCUGCAGGCUCCCCAGCCCGAGGCGGAGCUGAUGAGGAAGGAGAUUGCCAGGCUCAACCGGCAGCUGGAGGAGAGAAUCAGCGAGUGUGCGGGGGCUGCGAGGGAGCUGGCGGCGGCGCAGGAGCGGGCGCAGAUGCUGGAGCAGCAGGUCCUCGCCUACAAGGACGACUUCACGUCGGAGAGGGCGGAUCGGGAGCGGGCACAGAGCAGGAUCCAGGAGCUGGAGGACGAGGUGGCGGCCCUGCGCCAGGCACGCAGACAGGACCCCCAAGAGCCAGGCUCCUGCCGGAUCCACACGGGGAGCAGAGCACCCAAGCGCGCAGAAACCAAUGCUUCUGAGUUGGUGGUGCCUGGUGGCCAGAGGCCUGCGUCUGCACCCCAGGGCCGGGCCCCCCCUCCAGAGGGCGGGUGCCCCGGAGCUGCCCGGAGAGGCCAGGGGGAGCUGCAGUGUCCACACUGCCUGCGGUGCUUCAGCGACGAGCAGGGCGAGGAGCUCUUCAGACACGUGGCCGAGUGCUGCCUGUGAGCCAGGCGGAGACAGGCCGGUGCUCUCGGCUGCGACAGAGGGACCCCGAGAUGUGGGCAGAGGGUGCUCUGGCCUUCACCUUGGUCCCCCUCGGGCUGUGGAACAGAGGCUGGGCUUUGGGUCCUCAAGCUGUCAGGCCGGGGCUGGAGUAGGAGCUCACAGGCCAAGGUGAUGGUCCCGCCCCACCUGCACCUGGGACGCUGCAUCUCGCGAGAACAGGGGGCUGCCUGAGGGAACCACACAUUGGGUCCCAGGGUGGAAGGGCACCCCAGGUUUGGAGGGCCGAGCACUGUGGCCUCGGCAGGGCCAUGGAAUACACUGUGUUGCUUAGUGUCUGUCACACGUCCAGAGGUAGAGUCGUGUGCUUUGUAGCCACUUAUUUUUAUAAUAAACACGUUUGCUGCA